AUGAAGGUUCUAGUUCUUGGCGGAACUGGUUACGUUGGAUAUGGGGUGGCUUGCGCGUUCUCGAGAGCCGGUCAUGAGACAGCUGCCACUUAUCGGAACGAAUCCGGGUCUGCAGAUCUUGCUGUAGCAGAGAUUGCACCAGUCCCUUGGCGCACUUGGGAUUCAUGUCUCAACAGCUUCGACGUCAUCGUCGACUGUAUGGACUCUGCUGAUACCUCCAUCAUGUGUAUCAACCGUAUCGCAACAUGCAGUGUCUCACCAGAGUCAGGCAGGCGGAAUCACCCCGUCGCUUACAUAUAUACCAGCGGCAUCUGGGUCCAUGGAGCUAGUGAGCCACAAGGGAAAAUGGGUUUGACGAUAGUAGAUGAGCGGAACGGGGACAUGUCCCGUGUGCCAGCAUGGUAUCAGGAGAAGGUCAACGUCGAAGCGUUGAUUCUCAACAAACAUGAGUUGAUGCCAAUCAUUGUUAGACCGGGUCUCGUCUACGGCCAGACCAUGGGAAUGUUGAACAAGCUAUUCAAGAGCGCUUGGUAUGGAAAGAUUACAUGCCCGGAAAAUUACCAAUCCCGAUGGUCGACAAUUCAUCUUGAUGAUCUGGCUAAUCUCUAUGUCAACAUCGCGGAAGCGGGACUGUGCUUCGAUGCUUGCAACUUGUCCUCAGAGUCCGCGGAAGAUGUGAUCAGGGCGCUGAGCAGGGCAUCGGGAUGCAACGAGCUCGCCUUCACCCAAGAGAAGAGCCUGGAGAACUAUGCCUUGUCGACAUCAAUGGUAACGCGUCCGUCGCUCGCAAGAUCUAUUGUUGGCUGGCAACCGAGGAAGAUGGCCUUGACGGACGGGAUGGAGCUGUAUUGGAUGAGCUGGAUAUUGACAACCGGUAUCCACCGGGACCAGGCAGCGCUUCCGAUACCCGAACAAGCGAAAGCCCCGUUGUGCGCCGAACCACACGCGCAUUCUCAUCUCCAUCCGGCACCGAUCCCCCAGCCACAAAUGCAGAUCAACACCCCAUCUCCUGUGCCAUCUCAUCCUGAACCAACUACGCCACAGUUCGUGCAACAGCCCCCGCUUCACCCCGCACCUCCUCCGCAGCCCUUUAUCCAGCAGAACGCGCCAGUUCACCCACAACUUCAGUAUCAAGCUCAGCAGAUAGCCGUGCAAGCAGCCCAAUCACAGGAGCGGCCUCCUAUAUCAUUUCCGGACAUCCCAGUAAACGACCUUGCUACACUGCACAGACAAUAG